CGGUGUCGGUGUCGGCGUGGGUGUGGGUCUGGCCAAUGUGCGUAAUCGCAGCGCAAGCACAAUAUUCGAGCUAAGUCAAGGAACUCGCAAGUUAUCCAACGUCUCUGGCGGCAUCGGUGGCGAUGUGAACGGCUACGGCGACAACGCGUCAACUGCAAACGGUCUGGGUGGUGUUGGUGGUGCUAGUGGUGUUGGUUUAACAAGCCGCAGCUUACCACAGGCAUCGGUGACAAGUGCAAACAGCUUAGGCGUAAGCCUGCGCGAACGUUUAUCUAUCAGUGGAGCAUCAACGGCGAUUGGUGGUGUUGGCGAGGCCGGUGCUCAAAUCGGUGGUGGUGGUGGUGGUGGCUCAGCACCAACUAUUGGAGGCAGUGCCAGUGUGCCACAUUGCAAACGGCAGGGCAGCUUCUCGAAUGUAUUCUCCAAGCUAAUCGAUGGUAUGCCCGCAGGCACAAUGUUCGCCAAGUUCAAAAGCGCCAAUGUGGCGGCCUCAUCCACAUCCACACAGAAUGUCGCCGAGGGCAAUCCCAUUACGCAAUACUUUGAGAUUGGCAAACCGGUCGCUUGUGCCGGACCAGAGCUCGUCUGGCGCAUACACGAUGGCUAUCGCAAGAGUGACAACAAGGAAUGUUCGGUGUUUAUUUUUGAGAAAAAAGUGGCUGAGAAACUGCACAAGCCGCGCCGCAAGGAGACCAUUACGGAGCUGCUGAAGAGCUCGGUAAAGACACUGGAACGUUUUCGCCAUCCCAGAAUUCUACAAAUCUAUCACACUGUUGAGGAGAGUGCGGAUACUUUGGCCUUUGCCGCAGAGCCUAUUUUUGCCAGCCUUUCAAAUGUGCUGGCCUUUCAUGAGUCGAAAACGUAUGAGAAUGCCAGCGUGGUGCCACCAGCAAGCGGUGGGGCGCCACAGACGCAGCCGACAACGGCAACAUCGGGCGGAGCACAGCCGCAGAGGCCAGCGCAUGCCAAGGAAUACAACUUUUUGGAUAUGGAACUGAAAUAUGGAUUCUUGCAGCUGACAGAGGCUUUGUCCUAUUUGCACUAUUCCGGUCACGUAAUUCAUCGAAAUGUGUGUCCAUCUUCUAUACUAAUAACCAAGCGGGGCAUUUGGAAGCUGGCGGGCAUGGAAUAUGUGGAAAGAAUGAAUGAGACUGAUUUGAAUAGCUCAAUUCCGUGUCCGCCAUGGAGCAAUCGGGUCUCAAAAAUGGCCCAACCCAAUCUGGAUUUUAUGGCGCCAGAAACGCAGACGAGCUCCAAGUGCAGCCUCCUCAGCGAUAUGUUCUCCCUGGGCAUGGUCAUCUGUGCUGUGUAUAACAAUGGACGACCACUUAUCCAGGCUGGCAACUCGACAAGCAACUACGCCAAGCAACUCGAAACGCUGGAUGACCAUGUGCAUAAGUUGAUGCCGCGACUGCCCAUCGCUCUGCAGGAGGCCACAUCUCGCAUGGCCAGUCGGGAUGCGACAGCUCGACCCACUGCCCAAUUGCUGCAGCUCAUCAAGUAUUUUAUUGAUCCGGCUAUUAAUGCGUUGAAAUUCUUGGACGUGGUCAACAUGAAGGACACGCAGCAGAAGUCACAAUUUUACAAGACCACAUUGAUAGAAGCGAUGCCGCUGAUACCGCGCAAACUCUGGUGGCAGAACUUGUGGCCGAUGCUCAAGUCAGAGAUUAACAAUGGUGAGGUGCUCGCUGCUGUUCUGCAGCCCGUCAUGCUCUUCGUGCAGGAGGCGACGCACUCCGAGUACGAUGCCCUAAUGUCCGCCACAAUGAAAAUUGUCUACAAUACACCGAAAUCUAUUCAGGCGAGCGUUACGAUACUUGAGAACUUGCAUUUGAUUAUUGAGAAAACGAAACCGGAGGACGUCACCACAGAUAUAAUGCCAAUGCUAUUCUUUUCAUUUGACGGCUCCACAAUUCAAGUACAGAGCGCUGCUGUUGUUGCUGUGGGCAACGUUUUUGAUAGCAUCGAUGAGAUAUCGAUUCGUCGCAUGGUUUUGCCCAAGGUUAAAUUGGUAUUUGAGAAGAACAUAGCUGAUCCAAAGAUUGUACAGAAUGUGCUUGUGUGCAUCGAGCGCGUUAUGGACCGCAUGGAGCGAGCACAGGUAAUGGAGGAAGUGUUGCCCCUGCUGGCAAAUGUCCGCAUUCCCGAUCCAGAUAUUAUCAUGCGGACUGUGCGCAUCUACCACAAGCUGUUUGCGGACAAAUCCUACGGCUUAACUGUAGAAACGAUGGCCACCAAUGUGCUGCCGCUGCUGAUACCGCACACCGUGAAUCCGUCUCUCAAUUUCGACCACUAUUGCUAUCUGCUGGAGGUGCUGCAACAGAUGCUGGAGGCCAUCGAUCGUCAGCAGCGCAACAAAUUGAAACUGGAUAAUCUGUCGAUGGCAUCGCCGGAAAGGCAUCGCACAUUGCGACAUCAGUUCUCGACGGACAACAUGAAUGCGCCGCCAUUCAAUAUACCCAAUUUGCGUAUCGAUCAGCGGAAGACAUCCAGUGCCGAGGAUAUGGCACGCAAGAACUCUGGUGGCUCUGGCAUGCUUGGCGGUUGGUGGUUUGGUUGCUCGCCAUCGUCACCGGAUAGCAAUUUCCUGCGCGUCGGCAAUGUGUUUCCCAAUCGACGGCUCUCGGACAAUACGCUGAUGACACCAAAGAUACGCAUUGCACCGUCGUGCGCCUCGUCGCCAGGAGGGACACCGGGUAGCGGUUUGCCCACCCGUCGACACUCGAGCAUUGGACCCCAGGAGCGACGCGGCUCUACCAUCAAUUUGUCACCGCCAACUUACGGCGCUCGUGGUAGCUCUGGAUCGAGUCUAUCGGUGCCCUCCACCUCAGCCUAUGUUAAAUCUCCUUUAUUGUACUCCCAAAAACAGGGUGGCUCCAUGCCCAACACAUCGAGCAGUGUCCCAUUUCUCUUAUCGUCCAGUAUGCAAUCGAUACGAUCGCGUCGAACAUCAACCGUAUUGUCAUCGGGUCCACUCGGCUCCGGUUCGGGGAUAUUGCAACAGUUGGGAUCUGGAAUGUAUCAGCUAUUCUCCGGACGUAACUAAGAAUAUUAUACAAACUAAUACAAAGAAUAUAUAUUAUAUAUUUUUAAAUGCAAUUUCGGUCCAUUAAUGAAACACCAAAUAUAAUCAACUUAUAUUAGCGCUAUAAAUGUAU